AGGAAAGCUGCCUUCAGCACAGUGAAGUUUUUCUUCAUCGCAGCUAGGCUUUCAGGGCAACAUAGAUUAAACCAGGAAGGCUUACCAAAAUGGACCCAUUUUUGUCUCUCCUGCAUUCAUUUUCCAUGAGCUUAUCUGACAAUGAGCUCUCUGCCCUUAAAUUUCUGUGCCUGAGCAAAAUUGGCAAAAGGAAGCUUGAGUCUGUCAAAACUGGCAAUGAUCUCUUCACCAUCCUCCUUGAACAGCGGGAGAUUGCAAGAGAGAAGGUAGAUUUUCUCCAGCUCAUGAUCAAAACCAUUAAAAGAGAAGAUCUGAUAAUGCAACUACAGGAGUUCAUAGAAGGUGGACAAGGUGAUGUUGUCGACCAUCUAGAUGAGAAAGAAAAAUGUCAGCAGAAUGUAGCUUUUGAAGUUAUAUGUGACAAUGUUGGGAAGAACUGGAAAAUGCUAGUUCGAAGAUUAGGAAUUUCUGAUACAAAAAUUGACAGAAUUCUAACAGCCAAUCCUUAUAACUUGCAAGAACAAUUGAUGCAGUCACUUCGAGAGUGGCAGAAAUGGAAGGGAAAGGAAGCUAAGGUUGCUGACUUAAUAAAAGCCCUUCGGGAUUGCAAAAUGAACUUGGUAGCAGACAAAGUUGAACUUGAACUUUUCCAACGGGACGACUAAAACUAAAUGAAAUCAAAACAAUAUAUAUAAAAUGCAACAUUAAAACUGAGAGCUUAAAUAAAAAGGGAGGGAAUGCUGUCUAAUUGUUAGAACAAGAGUUAGGAUACUCCAUCAUUGAUUUAGGAGCUUAAAUUCACAUUUAGAGACAUAGACUAAGACUUUCAGAAAACACUUAUGAUUUUGGGUCCUUAAUUUUUGGAUUCUCAAUCUGAGGCAAUUUAAAGGGUUUUGGUAUUUCAGAAAAUGCUGAUUACCUGCCCUUUGAGAAUCCUUAUCUUUUAUCAAGUUAGGCACCCAAAAUCAUUAGUAUCUUAUGAAAAUUCUGGCCUUAGCCUCUGAUUUGUAGACACUUAAAUCUUGAUGCCCAUGGUCAUAUUUAAUCACUCAAGUGUGAAAUUCACUUUGCCUCCCACAUCUGCCAAAUAGGAAUAUUACUACGUACUUGUGUACCUACCUCGAAGGAGUGUUGUGAAGCUUAUUCAUGUAAUGCUUAUGAGGAAGUUUGUGCUCCUUGAAUGAAGUGCUUCUUCCUAAAUGCAAAAUAUUAUUCUUAAAUUCACAAAAAUCAAGAAAUUCAAAGUUGCAAUUCCUUCAGUAGCCAUAACUCAGCCCACUAUCCAUAUACGGUAUUUUGCAUGACUGCAGAUGCUUUUAAAAUUUUGCCUUGAAAUAUGUACUCAGGGUGAUUGCUGUGGGAACCUGACUUCUAUGCAUUUCCAAACUUUUAAGGUGGCUAAAUAAUUUUGUUUGUAUUAAAAAAAACCCAAACAGACACUAGCAAUAUGCUGCCCUUCCUGCCAGAUCUUGAGAGGUAAGGAAUAUGUUCUGAAUGGUGCUUCAAGCGCUCUUUUUUUCAUGCAAGGAUGUUAAGCACCAUACAGAAUUAGGCCUUAAGAUUGCAGUGCAAGCUGCCCAGCAGUUCUCAUGGCCUUUCCUCAGCUCAAAAGUGCCUGUUUUCAGAAUAAACUGCCUGAGACAAAGGGUUUAUAUUAAGUACCUUCCCUGCCAUAAAGAAAGGGAUGCUAUCCUGACACUGUAAAAUACACAGAAAGACCUUGCCCUGUAGUUGUGUAGGGGGCCCUCCUUGUUCCUCCUGCAAAAGAUUUCCCCCAUUGUAAAUGUACAUCUGAAGAUGCUGCUCACAGCCACCACCAACUCAGAGACUCUGACAGCCCACCCUGUUAGUAGAAGCCAGAGCACUGCCCCCAUUCAGAUCAUCCACCCAGUUUUCAAUGGGGAAAGUAGAAUUCAGUUGUCUGUGCUCUUGAUAACAUCACAUGUUAAGAUAAAGAGAUACAGAGUGAAUAAAACAAAGCUUUUCUUAUGGAGAAAUGAAGUUACUGAAGAAAAUAUAAUCCCAUCACCUACAGUUUAUCCACCCUGCUAUGCAGAUGAGGAUCAGUUCUCCUUCACCACAUGGUGCUCUAAUUGAAGGUGGCUCCAGGUCCAAUACUCCUUUCAUCAGCUUUCUUCAGUUUUCCUUCACAUCAGCUCCUUAACACCACUCCCUUCAAGGAACCCAUAAACAGCCCACAGUCAAAAAAGCAUGGAUGGGCAAGGCCAGUUUAAGGUCAUGUGGGGCCUCCUGCAAACUUCAAAUUGGGCCCUUACACUAACCCAAGAUUGUGAAAACUGCACCUAUUUUAAGACCUGCUUUCAUGCCUCUGUGUCAUCUAUGUCUACUGCCAGCAUCUUGCGUGAGUUCCUCUGAAAUCAGAAUUGAUGUGACUUUGACUAGGACAGCGGGUGGACUCUGAAACAUCCUACUAAGAACAUAAUGUAAAAUUCAUACCUAAAGGGAGAGGCUUCACUUUGCUGCUGAACCUGUCUCGUUUUGUUUUGUGUAGCUGAUAGCAUACUGCUCUUUGUCAGUUUCUCACUACAUGGCAGCAUCACUGCACUCAGCACCAGAAAUUGACAAGAAGCCUGAAAUUCAAUAGGAAUGACAGCAGGCAGAAACAACACAAAACUGUCAUGCGUGUCUCCAUAUUUUCAAUUCAGCUGAUGUCUGAGCUUCAGAAAUUGACAAGUUAACACAAUUACUAGAUUACAAUUACUAGAAAGG